AUGGCGGUUGACACCAGCAGUCAGUCACACAUUGUCACAUGUCCGCUGGGUGAUGUCUGCUCACCCAAUAAGUCUCACAGUGUCCAGCCAGACAUCAUCCUUAGUGAUGCGGCAUACAGGGACAUUAGGUUGAUCAUCGGGGGUUUUGUGACAACUGUCCUCAGCCUGUGUGGACUUGUGACCAACGUCAUCAACGUCCUUGUGUUCCACCGCCAGGGACUGAGGGAUCGCAUGAACCUUUGUCUCUUCUCUCUGGCUUUGUCAGACCUCACCUUCCUAACAUGCACUGCCGUCUUCAGCUUUGUCAACAUCUUGACGGACCUGCAGCUGCUGGGCUUUGGUGACGAGCAGUACCUGAAGGCUGUGACGUAUGCUCUGGGGACCAUCUACGCCAUGAGAUGCACUUCUAGCUUCUACAUCAUGAUCAUCGCCAUAGAGCGAUGUCUGUGUGUGACCUUUCCCCUCCGCGCCGUCUCCCUCAUCAAGACCCAAACCAUGGCUGUCAUGUUAGUUGUGUUCGCGAUACUUCCUCAGCUUGGUUACAUCGUCCAGCCUCUAAGAUAUCACGUGGUCAGUACAAUGGUUGCAGGAAAGCUUACAUGGCGCCUUGUUUCCACAGAAAUAUAUCUCCACAACAAAGAUGUCAUCGACGCUCUUUUCAACACAAUUUUUAGUGUCAGCGUCCCGAUAGCUACUUUUCUUCUGGUUUCUAUAGCAACCUUCAUUACCGUAGUGCAGCUGAACUCUGCCAUGGCCUGGCGAGAGAAGACGAGUUCUGUAAACGUUGACAGCAGAGGCCAACAGAGGGCGCUGACGAUGAUGCUGGUGGUUGCCUCGUGUGUGUACAUAGGAUCGAUGAUACCGUUCGUUGCCAUAACAGCCGCUCGUGUGUUUGUGACAGACUUCUCGCCACUGGGACUGUACGCCAACAUGUACAUGGCCGGCAAUAUCAUCUCUAAUGUCUUUCCUCGCAUCAACAGCUCAGUUAAUUUUUUUGUUUAUUUCAGUCGGUCAUCGCGGUACAGGUGUGAGCUCAGAGCAUUGUGUAUCUCAAAAAAGGGUUCUCUUUUGGAUGUUGAGAAAUCAGCAACUCUUCAGUCUUCCAUUGGGUAUCCUAGCAAGGCAGCAGGCCAAAAAUAA